AUGGUCACCCGCCGCCAAUUCAGCCGCCGAUUCGCAGCCCUCGCCACCGUCGCCGUCCUCUUCUUCCUCUACCACAUCUCCUCCCUCAACUCCAGCUCCGACAGCUCCGAAUACACAUACAGCGAGAAUGUCGAGCUCGAUGCGAACGGGGAACCGGUCCCCUUUUGUCCGCCGUUACCGGGGAUGCAGGACGUGCUCGUCGUCAUGAAGACAGGUGUCACGGAGUCUCGCGAAAAGGUUCCGAUUCAUUUCUCCACGACUCUCCGAUGUAUCCCUCACUAUGUGAUAUACUCUGAUUUCGAAGAGGAGAUCCAGGGCGUGAAAAUCCAUGACGCACUCCGGUCAAUGGGUCCGGAAAUAACAGAGCGCACGCCAGACUUCAAUAUCUACAAUCGCAUUAAGGAAAUGGGCCGCAAGGGACUGGAACAAGACGAUUUCGCCGAUGAAGCCAAUUCAGCCAUUGGGAAACCAAACAAUCCAGGCUGGAAACUAGAUAAAUGGAAGUUCCUUCCCAUGGCGCAGGAGGCGCUCGCUUAUAAAAGCAAUGCGAAGUGGUUCGUUUUUAUCGAGGCGGAUACAUACGUUUCCUGGCCUACAUUACUCUCUUGGUUGGCAGGGUUCGAUCCAAAGAAACCAUGGUACAUCGGGACAGAGACACAGAUUGCGGAGACAAUUUUUGCCCAUGGCGGAUCGGGCUUCAUGCUCUCUAACCCGGCGCUUAAAGCCGCGGUGACCGAAUACAAGUCUCGAAAGCACGAGCUCCAUCUCUAUACGGAUGAACAUUGGGCUGGAGAUUGUGUAUUAGGUCGCGUUCUCGCUGAUGCAGGCGUGAACUUACAUUUCUCGUGGCCGAUGCUCCAAAACUCCAAUCUAGGCGAGCUAGACGAGUUCGCGACGGAUUUAUACCGAUUACCCUGGUGUUAUGUUGCUGUUGCAUUCCACCAUCUCUCACCACUUGAUAUUGAGAAGUUGUGGAAGUUUGAACAAAAGCGAUGGCAUGAUAAAAACAAACGAAUUCUCCUUCACAGCGACCUCUUUCGUGAAUGGUUAUAUCCCGAAAUGGCCACACAACCCCUCCGACAAGGCUGGGAUAAUCUCUCAGACGAGGAACAGCCAUUCGUCACAAGUUUCGAAGAAUGUCGAGAUGUCUGCGGUGUCCAGAAAACAUGCGUCCAAUUCGCUUUCCGCGAUGGUGCAUGCUUUACUAGUCCCAGACCGCGUCUUGGAGUAUCGCGCCCGAAUAGCAAUACUGCUUCUGCGUGGUUCACCAGCCGCAUUCGAACAAUGAUGGAUAAAAAUGGGCUCUGCAAUGCUCCUCAAUAUGGUUAA